AUGUUGAAAUCAACAAAUAUCUGUAGGCAAACAUUAAAGAGACUCCCAGUUGUCUCUAUUAAUCCAAACAAUGGUGGAAUUUCCAAUCUAAAGAAUGCUAAAUCAAUUGUUAGAUCUUAUUCAACUGCAAACCUAUCAAGUCAAGUACAAAAUGUAGAGUUAAAAUCAAGAGAGCAAGCAGUUGUAGAUAAAACAACAACCAUUUCAACUUCAAUCAACUUUGGUGAUAAGUCAUCUGGUAAGUCAGAUUACUCAAAGAAUAUCAAGUUGUCCGAUAACAAAUCGAUUGUUUUGGUAAAGAUUGGUGGUGGUGUUAUCGAAGACAAUAUGAGUGCUUUGAUCCAAUCACUCAAUUUUUUGAAAAAAAUUGGUCUCUAUCCAAUCGUUGUUCAUGGUGGUGGUCCACAGAUGAAUGCAGAGUUGACCGCUGCUGGUGUAGAGCCAGAGUACGUCGAGGGUCUACGUGUUACUCGUCCACAGGUAUUGGCAAUUGCCCAGCGUGUGUUCAUGCGUGAGAAUCUCAAGAUUGUCGAGGCAUUGGAGGCCAGUGGAACAAAGGCACGUCCAAUCACCCAAGGUGUAUUCCAAGCUACUCCACUCGACCCAUCUACCUACGGUUUCGUUGGUAAUGUAACAAAGAUUCUCACCGAUGGUUUGGCUAGUUGCAUCGGUUCAGACUAUAUCCCAGUUAUUUCGUCGUUGGCAAUGACCGAGCACGGUCAAGUCCUCAACAUCAAUGCCGAUGUCGCUGCUUUGGAGCUCGCCAAAGCCAUUCGUCCUUUGAAGAUUCUCUUUAUCAACACCACUGCCGGUAUGAAAGACGGUGACGGUAAAGUAAUGAGACACAUCGUGUUGGACCAGCAAUACGAUAAUCUCAUGAAACAACCAUGGGUCAAGCAUGGAACAAAGUUAAAGUUGAAGGAGUUCAAGAACUGUUUGGAUAACUUGCCACUCUCUACAUCGAUCACAAUCACAAGUCCAGAGUUGCUUCAGAAGGAGCUCUUUACCAAGAGUGGAAGUGGUACCACCGUAGAGAAGGGUAUUUCCAUUCUCACUGAGGAGAGUCAACUCGAUUUCGGACGUCUCUCUAAAUCGUUUGGUUUGCGUCCAGCCGAGCUUAAAUCGUUGGUCGAGCGUGAAAAGUUAAAGAUUAUUGUAAAUUCCAUCUAUACAUCUGCUAUUGUUCUUCGUUCACUACCAUCAUCACCAUCGACCUACGUUGUCGACCGUUUUGUUGUAGACAGUGGAUCGAUUGAAGAUGAAUCUGCAGAUUCUGUAUUCCAAGCCGCUCUCGCCAAAUAUCAAACCUUGGUAUGGAAGGCAGAUUCCGCCACCACCAACGCACAAACCACAGCUUGGUUCCGUAAGAUUGCCGAUGGUUUCACCAAAGAGUCUGGAUUCGAUGUAUACUGGAACAAUAUCCCACUACAGGAUGUUGCUCGUCCAAUUGCCAUGUGUUUGGCACACCGUAGUCCAAUUACUGCUGCCGCAGAGACUGCUGCUAGCCAAGCUGCUGCUAAUCUCAUCCAAGCCAAGAAGGACAAAUACCGUAUCGGUCUUUUGGGUGCAAGAGGUUUCACAGGUGGACAUUUGGUUCGUUUGAUUGGUAACAACCCAAGUCUUGAACUUACAUUGGCUGCCUCAUCCACCAACUAUGGAAAGCCAGUCACCACCGAGUUCCCACAUUUGAAAUCAGAUUUGCUCUUCUCACAGGUCACCGCUGAGAAUAUCGACAAAUACACAGAGGAUUCCGGAAUUGACGGUUGGUUCAUGGCUCUUCCAGAUCAAAUCUCAAAGCCAUACGUCGAAGGUAUCGAUCGUCUUGCCAAACAACCGGUUUUGGUAGAUCUCUCUGCCGAUCACAGAUUCAACAAUAGCUGGACCUAUGGUAAUCCAGAAACCAAUCGUGCCAACAUUAUCAAAUCAAAGAGAAUUGCAAACCCAGGUUGCUAUGCCACCGGUAUGUACUUGACUCUCUACCCAUUGAGAAAGGCUGGUUUACUCGAUGGUGAGCCAAGCUGUUUCGGUAUCAGUGGUUACUCGGGUGCUGGUUCCAAGCCCUCUGAAAAGAAUGACCUCAACCGUUUAAGAGAUAAUAUUCUUCCAUAUAAGUUGGUCAAGCAUACCCACGAGCUCGAAGUUUCACAUCAAUUGAGCCAACCAAUAUAUUUCAUGCCACACGUCGGACAAUUCUUCCAAGGUAUCACUUUGACCAUUUCCAUUCGUCUUACCCGUCCAUUGACCAAAGAAGAGGUUGUACAACUAUACACAAAACAAUAUCAAAAUGAACCAUUGGUAAAGAUUGAUGUCGAUGGUAUCCCCGAGGUACGUGCCAAUGCAAACAAACAUACUCUUACCAUCGGUGGUUUCGCUGUCAAUGGUAAUCACUUGGUUGUUGUCACCACUUUAGAUAAUCUUUUGAAGGGUGCCGCCACUCAAGCCCUACAAAAUAUGAAUCUUUGUCUUGGAAUUGAAGAACUCGAAGGAAUUAAGAAAGAACUUUAA